GAUCUGCGGCGGGGAACGGUAAACGCUGCCUUCCAGGUAUCGCGGCGGAUGUGGGAGAAGAACCGUGACCUAGGCUUUUUGGAGGGCCGCCUCAAGGAGUGGACCAUGCCCAUGCAAGUCCGCAACGGCAAGGAAGCUCGCGAACAGGCGUGGGGUUUCGAUGCGACCAAGGUGCAGCUCCCCGGACUGGGAGAUUCAACCUCGUCGCUGUAUUCAUCUGAAAAGGAGUUCCUAUAG